CGAGGAAAUGGCUGCUUUUAAGACCUUAAUACGUUUGUUAAUUUUCUGGAUGUACAGUCAUGGGUAUUUAGGUACGACUUCUAACCCGUGCCUUGAAAGCAAACAUGAUGUUCUGAAAAACGUUGGAUCAAGGAAUGCCCAUUGCUUGGUUGCAGACAUACCACUCUACCAACAGCUCUGCGAUCAAUAUCUCAAGCAUGUAUGGUACAAGACUGAGAAUGCCACGAUACGGACCAGCGCCCCCGUUAACGGCAAUUGCGGGGCUGUAACUGCGGCUUGGUUAAGGGAUUUUCCCCCCACCGAGUUCGAUGGUGUUCGAAACAUGACGAUGUGCAUACGGGAAGGAUCCAACAACUGUGUGUGGGAGUUCAACAUUGAAAUAAAGAAUUGUGGUCAAUUUUUAGUAUAUCACUUACAACCAUUGCCGGAAACAUUCAAUUGUCCAGCUGCGUACUGCUUUGAUUCGUCUUUACCAUGUACAACGCCGGCUCCGAUAUCGACGGCCAGUCCAACUACAGAGAACACAUAUACACAAUCAACUCCGAUAUUCACGUCUAGUCAUACUACUAAAAUACACUACGAAAGCGAAAAUACAGAUGACAACUCCAUAAUGAUUCGUGUCUGCAUAACCGUCAUUAUGGCUUCAGCAGCGGCUAUAACUGGCUCAUGCGUAUGGUGGAAGCUAAAAAUAUAUUAUACGAAACGGAUAUGUGCAACGAACGGCUUUACAGAAAUUCACGUCCACAGUAUAAACAAACCCAAAGAUUACCAGGAUAUGAGAAUUGACAAUGUCAUAAAGAAUACCUGAACGGCAAGCAACAAAAGUUUAGAAAAAAUUACCUACAACGAAACAAAUUCAUACGAACAGGACCUUGAUAAUGGAAGUGAAGAGGUCAUGUAUUAUACUUGCACAGCGAACACUAAUAAUGAAUCCUUUUACUGACAUCCUCUUGUUUUUUUAAACGACGCAAUGAACAUUGAUUAAAAAAAUGUUUCUACUACAAAUUACACUGAAACUAUGUACAUAAUAUAGAAGAGAAAGACUUAUACAUGUAACUUGUAUUUUUAUUCUGAGUUACGAACUUAUACCAGUAGAUCAAUUUUGAUUAAUUUGAAAUAUACAAAAGAACAGUAAAGUAACGAAAAGCUUGUCGAGAGAGAGAGAGAGAGAGAGAGAGAGAGAGAGAGAGAGAGAGAGAUAGAGAGAGAGAGAGAGAGAGAGAGAGAGAGAGAGA